ACUUCCCCUUCGCCGCUAGCUCUACAACAGCCUGAUUUCCCCGAAAUGAUGAGGCGGCGCUGGCCAAUGGGCGUCCUCUCGGCUCUUUAGGAGGCGGGGCCCAGCUUGGGCUGGGGGAAUCCCGCUAAGUGUUUAGAUUCUCCGCGGCGCCGCGGUUCAGGCAGAGCGCGCCACUCCUUCGUCGAGGCAGGACGUGCACGCAAUUCGGGCUAGCAGAGGCCAGCGAGAGCCGUGCCAAGUCAAGGCCAGCCGUGCCCAGCGGCUCCGCGACCCGGGCAUCCUCUGCCUUCUCCCCGUUCCCACUGGAAUCGCGCUCCUAGCGCUCGCAAAAGCAGCCCUCGCCGGGACCCUCGGUUGCUGCCGUCGGAUAGUGUUUGCUGUCGAGACAACAUGCCCAUCACUCGGAUGCGCAUGAGACCUUGGCUAGAGAUGCAGAUUAAUUCCAACCAAAUCCCAGGGCUGAUCUGGAUUAAUAAAGAGGAGAUGAUCUUCCAGAUCCCAUGGAAGCACGCUGCAAAGCAUGGCUGGGAUAUCAACAAGGAUGCCUGUCUGUUUCGGAGCUGGGCCAUUCACACAGGCCGAUACAAAGCAGGGGAAAAGGAGCCGGAUCCCAAGACCUGGAAGGCCAACUUUCGCUGCGCCAUGAACUCGCUGCCAGAUAUUGAGGAGGUGAAGGACCAGAGCAGGAACAAGGGCAGUUCAGCUGUGCGGGUGUACCGGAUGCUCCCGCCCCUCACCAAGAACCAGAGGAAAGAGAGAAAGUCCAAGUCCAGCCGAGACGCUAAGAGCAAGGCCAAGAAGAAGCCAUAUGGGGAAUACAGCCCCGAUACCUUCUCUGAUGGACUCAGUAGCUCCACCCUGCCCGAUGACCACAGCAACUACACAGUUCGCAGCUACAUGGGGCAGGACCUGGACAUUGAACGGACUCUCACUCCAGCGCUGUCACCGAGCGUCAGUAGCACUCUCUCUAUCUGGCCCAUUCCAGUGGAAACUGUGCCAGACAGCACCAGCGACCUGUACAACUUUCAGGUGUCGCCCAUGCCCUCCACCUCCGAAGCUGCAACAGAUGAGGACGAGGAAGGGAAAUUAACUGAGGACAUCAUGAAGCUCUUGGAGCAAACAGGGUGGCAGCAGACAAGUGUGGAUGGGAAGGGGUACCUGCUUAAUGAACCCGGGGCCCAGCCCACCUCUGUCUAUGGAGAGUUCAGUUGCAAGGAGGAGCCAGAAGUUGACAGCCCUGGGGGGUAUAUUGGCCUGAUAUCUUCAGAAAUGAAGAACAUGGAUGCCAGCUGGUUGGAUAGCCUGCUGACCCCGGUCAGGCUGCCCUCCAUCCAGGCCAUUCCUUGUGCACCAUAGAUGGGCCCCCAGCCCCCUUUGACUCCUUUAGGCGACAGGGCCUGGCAUCAUGGUGGCGGUGGUGCAGAGAAGCAGGAAUCCUGUGGCCCCUUGAUAUGAUGAAGUGUGACCCCACUGCUGACCAAGGAUGAAGCCUCCUCGGGACAGUGGCCCCCUGCAGUCCGGCAGGGCAGGGUCUGGACUCAUCUUGUGGGGUAAAGCUGGCCCUGCCUCCUGGGAAGAUGGGGAUCUGAGACUGGCGUGUCAGAUGGCAGUCUGAGACAGGAGUCAGCCUCCAGCUUUCCCCUCUGAGCCCCACUGCCUGGAGAGGGUUUUGCUAUCCCUGAGCUGGCCCGAGGGAACGGACCAGUGACCUCAGAAAACAUGGCAUCAACUCCAGGGCUGGCUCUGCACUAAGAGACAAUUGCACUAAGUGGGUCCUGUUCCCAAAGUAACCGCUUCCCCUCCUAGCUGAGCCCUGGGGACUGUUCCAAAGCCAGUGAAAUGUGAAGGAAGAAUGGGGUCCCUGUGGGACAGUGCCCCCCCUGCCUCAGAGGAGCUCUGCCCUGGCUCCCUGCUUAGGCUGAGGGGCUUGUGAAAAAAACCUGGCACUUUUUCUUGUGGACCUUGCCACGUUUCUGAUCAGAGGUGUACACUAACGUUUUCCCAAGCUCUUGGCCUUUGCAUUUAUUUAUACUGUGCCUUGCCCUGCACCCACGUGCCCCCUCAGGCAGGCCCCGGCAGCCCCCAGCAGGCCCAGUGAGGCAAGCGUGAGCGCCUUGGUGUGAUUUAAAAUUGGAGAUACCAUCUGACCACUAAGUCUUGUGUGACCACACAUGUACAUGUGUGUAAAUAUGUACAUUUGUCUUUUUAUAAAAAUUGUAUUGUUUAUAAGGGUUGUGGCCUUUUAUUUAGAGAUAAAUCAUAGGUGAUUUUGCUUCUCAUAGACACAUUCUGAUGGAUUCAUUGUUGGCAUCCUUCCUGAGCUUAACUUUGGGAUGAGUGGUUACACACCUUUUGUGAAAUCCUUUCAGUUGUGGUCAUGGAGAAGAUGGCAGGAGAAAGGACAGUUGUGGCACAGGGACAUGUUCAUGUAAAUACAGUCAUGUAUUGGCUAUACAGGUAGAGCUAUGAGUUGACCUGGGGCUCCUGGGGCCCAAGGAGUGUUAGGUUUGAGUUCUUCUGAGGGAUGUGCCAUCAACUAAUGUUUUGCUAUAAACUCAAAUGCAAGUGUACUCAGGUGCUACUUCACAAAGUUAUCAGUUAACACAGCAUGGUCACCAUCAGAUCACACACCAGCCCCAUAAAGAUCCCUGAGGCCUUCUAUGCUGAGCAUAACUUGCUGUCUGUUUUCUGCAGUGAUGGGAAUGUUCUCUGUCUGCGUUGUCCACUACAACAGGCAGUGGUAUAGUCACAUGUGCUAAACCAAACACUUGAAAUGUGGCCAGUACAAUGGCGGAACUGGAUUUUUAAAAAAUUUUUUUGGUUGUGCUGCUCGCAUGCAAGAUCUUGGUUCCUGGACCCAGGAUAGAACCCAUGCCCCCUGCAGUGGAAGUUUGGAGUCCUAAUCACUGGAUGCCAGGGAUUUCCCUGGAUUUUUAAAGUUUCAUUUAGUUAGUUAAAAUUCAAAAGGCCACACGUGGCCAGUGGCUACCAUAUUGGACAGUACAGGUAGAUACUGGAUUGGGAACAGAUUUGAGGGGGAGGGGCUGGGGUAGCUGAAGGACACUGGGGACUGGGGCUUGGGACUAUUCACCUGACUGUUCAAAAGUAUUUUACUGUUUUGACAGUCAGUAAUAACUGGUGCUGAAAAUCA